UAGGCUUAUCAGUGUCGCCAGGUAUUAUGUCGGCGAGUAAGCGGCGCAAAACGCACCUGCAUUCCACCACAGUUCUGUUUUUCAACCGCGACCAAUUCUCGCUCUUCUCCUUUUCCCUCCACGACUCCCGUGUAUAAGUGUUUUCUUAUAUCGGAAUGAGAACCCACCACGAGUGUCCUUUUCUCUUCUUCUUCUUCUUCUUUGAACGCACCGUGAAAUUUUUAGAAAGCCUAAAUAUUUAGCUGGUUGAGAGAAAGAAAUUUUUCCUGGAAAAGUGUGUAUAGGCUUGGCGAAAAGUAUUUGUCGAGAGAUGGUGAAAAGGAUGUUUGGGAUAAUUUUUGGAUGGAAGAUGUUUAGUGGAAAGGAUCGAGUAAGAGAGAAAAGUAUAGCAUGGAGCUUCCGGUUUCCAUCUAUGGGCACCUUGCAAAAUCUAAGCGCCAGUGGCCGUCGUCGAAAGAGGAACGGCAUAUCCUCUUCGGCCUCUUGUAAGGAACUUCAUCAGAAGCGGCACACGAUCCACCUACAGCCGGAAGUAAUUAUUCAGAAGGAGCCAUCUUUCAUCGUGACGCCACCGUCACCCGAGGGAGACAGAAGGUCGUCGGAGGUAAAGGUCGAGGAGGCGGAGGAGGAGGUGGUGAACGGAAGGGAGGAGUCUGCUGCGAGAAGGAUUGACAGCUACGAUUACUCGAAUCUGCCGAUGGAUCCACCAGAGGAAUCGACUCGAAAGCUUCUGGAGCGAGAACUUCGACUUCUGGAUCCGAGAGACUUAAGAUCGCACGCCUGGUAUCAUGGGAGCACGCUCCGGGGCGGUAGAAAAGGCGCUGAAGCGGAGGUGCCGAACGAUGGUGACUUCCUGGUCCGGGAUUGCGCCUCCCAACCCGGAAACUACGUCCUCACGGUUCGAUGGAAGGGCCAACCUCUUCAUUUCGUCAUCAACAGGGUGGUGAUCCAGCCGGAAACGGUGUACGAGAGGGCCCAGUACCAGUUCGAGGACGAGGCAUUUGACACGGUAGCGGAUCUGAUAACCUUCUACGUGGGCAGCGGGCGUCCAAUAAGCCAGGCGAGCGGCGCUCGCAUAAUCACCCCGAAGCCAAGAUCCGUUCCCCUGACAUGCGUAACGGGUCCAGCAAACAGCCAACAUUGUUCCAGCCCAUCCUCCUCGUCCCUGUCCACCGGUUCCCCGCCGCGUCUACCUCGAAAGCAGCAACGAAGUCACUCGCUCACCGCCCAGCACCAUCCCUCGGACCAGCAGCACGACGCUCGCCAAUCGUGCAACCAGCAACCGGUGCCCCACGGACCGGUGCAAUCGAGCACCCUGCCUCGUGUCCCGUCCGUUCAGAACCAGCCGCCCUCGUGUUCCUUGUCCCUCGGCCGUCAGAAGAUCACCAGGGUGAUCUCCGACCCGGCCCUCCAACAGCAACAGCAAGCCUCGCUUCAACCGUCGAGUUUGAACCAUCAGAACUCGCACGGUACAGCUCCACCGAAACCGCCCAGGGUCCCGUACGCGCCCAAUCACCAGCACCAUGUGCACCACCAUCACCAUCACCAUCACCACCAUCACCAGGGAUAUCAGGCGUCCGGUAGCGACAGCGGGAACGGAUCCGGGGACAGCGAGUUCGAGACGAACAACUCUGGAGGCGCGAGCAAUCCGUCUUCGUCCGCCCCUAUCAAGGGAGUGGUGAUCAGGAGUCAUUACAACACGAGCAACGACGGCACGAACGGAAACAAUGGGAACGAAUACGAGUUGUCGGCGGAGGAGCAACUGGUAGUCGCUGCGCCCUCCUUGGAGAUCACCACAGCGCUUGAUAUCGAAGGUUUCACGACUCUGUUGCUACCGGCCGGCGAGCACAGGCCUCUCGAUCCCACGGCUCUGAGAGGAGUGUCCGGGAUGUUGCACGAUUCCGCGCCGAGAGUGUUGGCCUCGCAUCUGACGAAGAUCGACCUCGAGCUGGCUCUGCAACCUGGGUCUGGAAACAGGAACGGCCUGAGCGGCCUCGAGUUGGCCACUCUGCCGCACGGCAGGCAAGCGAGGCUGGAUUUGAUCGAGAGAUCGGAGUGUUUGAAGUUGGUGGUGGCGGUGACUGUGCUGGCCGGAGCCACCGCGAUCGAGAGAGCCGCGACGAUCAGCAAGUGGAUCAAAGUUGCCAUAGACACGAAAACCGCGCUUGGUAAUUUAUACGGUUUCUGCGGCGUCAUGCUCGGCCUCUGUUUGCCACAGAUACAGAGGUUGGCGAACACGUGGCACUUGCUCAGGCAGAAACACACCGACGAGGCGUUCAGCUUCGAGGCGAAGCUCAGGCCUACGCUGCGUGCCAUGAACGAGUGCACGAACCCUCAAGCGCCCAACACCACGCUUCCGCAUCUGUUGCCCAUCGCUCUGCUCGGAGAACGGGGGCCUGAAGACAUUCUGGGAACUGUAGCUCCAUCGGGUCUGGCAACAGCGAUUCUAUCACCUUGGGAGAAUUCGGCACCGGACUGCGGCUUAUCCAUCGUGUGGUCCCACUUGGAAUCGGCUCGAAAGAUGACAGAGAAUCUUCCAUUGUUCCGCAGGAACGCGGAGAUCGUCCUCGAGGGUUCGAGAAGCGACGAACUAUUGUCCGACGCGUUUCGAACCGAGUUCCACAUAAAAUUUUUGUGGGGGAGUCGAGGAGCCACCGUGGCGCCGGAGGAAAGGCAUCUGAAAUUCAUACAAGUGUUGGACGCGAUGUUCGACAAAUGUUCGUCGACCGAAGUGACGGCCUAAACGUGACCAAAGGAAAAAUAUUUUAGAUAGAAAUCAUCUCGAGUAUUCGCUCGAUGAAAUUUUUUUUUUUCUUUCCUCGAGAGAACGAGGCAAACGAUAACAUAUUUGCGUUCGAAUUACUUUUUCACUUGUAAAUUAUGAUUGUGUAAUUAUAUGUAAUUAAGUGACUGUAAUUAAUUGUACCUUUAAUUGUAGGAAUCUAGUAUUUUAUUUGAUAAGAUUUACGUACGUAAGAUCGUGAUUGAAAGAAAUUGAUCGACCAGCGUUCCCAAUCUUUUUACACGAUUGCAUUGUUUUCGUAAUUUUCGCAAUUUUUAUUAUUUUUUUUUUCCCUUCCUUAAUGAGAUAAUCUGUGACUUCUCCAUCGUGAACAAUAUUUUUUUAUAAAGGAGAAAGGAAAAACAACGAAAUCUUAAUUGGUCGCGAUGGAGGAAUCGUAAGUGAGAAACAAAGAAUCAAAAGUACGUAGCAUUAAUCUGAAUGUAUACUGUAUUAAAGAUGUACGUUGAAACGUGUCGUAUUUAGCGCAAUAAUGAUUCCCGACAAUGAUUAAUGAUCCUUUUAUUAUUAAUACAGAAAAAAAAAAAACAUAUUUAAGGAAAAUUUUCGAAAAAAAAAAACAGCGACGAUAUGAUAAUCAAACCAUCAUGUACUUAAACCUUAACUGAUAUUCUUAUCAGUCAGCUUGACUAUUAUACAUUGCAAAUGUUGUUCACGUUUGUUUACAUUUAAUAAUAUAUAUGGAAAAAUGAAAAUCA